UAAAGCUGUUUACAGAGCUCAAUGGCUAUGCAUAGGGUGGCUCUGUGGAAGUGAAAUCUCUGCAGAGAUUCUUUGUUGAGAAGAUUAAAAAAUCGUGAGGGAAUCGGGCUGUCAGGGAUAGCUGGGCAGAUUCGUUUGAAGUUGAACUUUUCCUCUGCUUCAGAAAGCUAAGUUCUUUUCUCUCGCAUGGAUGCCGAAAAUCUCGUCUCUAUCUGGGUCUUCCUUCUUUUUCUAUACCCAGUAAAAUCUGAUCUAGCCAAUGGUGGACUCUUGCUGAGCGGAUUCAGCAAUGGGUUUAGUACUAGUGCUGCAAGAAACAACAUGAGCUUAAAUGGCUUUGCAGCGUUUGAGAACAAUGGCAUGCUUCGGCUAACAAAUGACUCGCUCCAAGUCGUCGGCCACGCAUUUUAUUCAUAUCCAAUCCAGUUCAAAAACUCCAGCGGCGAAGUCAUGUCCUUCUCCACCGCGUUCGCUUUUGCUGUAAUCACAGCGCAUGAUCAGACAGGCGGGGAUGGCCUUGCUUUCACAAUCUCUCCCACAAAAGAGCUUCCGAGGGCUGCUCCAGGCCCUUAUCUUGGUCUCUUCAACGCCAGCAACGAUGGGAACUUCUCAAACCACGUUUUUGUGGUCGAAUUCUACACUUUAAAGGACCCGGAGCUACAUGACCUCAACGACAACCAUGUUGGCCUCGACAUCAAUAGCAUCGUAUCGAAGAAAUCUGUUCCGGCUAUGGAGUUUAAGGGAAGUGAUACGAACAUGAGAGAGCUUGACUUGAAGAGUGGUCAAAUAAUUCAGGCUUGGAUCGAAUAUAAUUCGCAGGUGAAUCAAUUAGAUGUAAAGGUUGCGCAGGACUCAGGUAGACCCAGGUCUAUACUUUUGUCCUAUACAGUGAAUCUGUCGGAUAUUCUUCAAGAAUCCAUGUACAUCGGGUUUUCUGCUUCAACCGGUUCACACGCGAGCUCGCAUUAUAUCCUGGGGUGGAGCUUCAACAUGAAUGGAGGAGAUGCUAACAAUCUUUAUUUGGAUAAACUCCAUCAGCUCCCCACUGGGGCCAAAAAGAAUCACACAGGCCUAAUUGUUGGUGUCUCUGUUUUAGGUGCUUUGGCUGUGAUUUUGCUUAUUGCUUUGACGUAUUACAUCUUCAGGAGGAUCAGGGAGCCGUUGCGGCUUUUUCUGUUUGACUGGAUGUUAUACAUCGUGAGGUGGAUCCAUAGGAAUUUUCUGCCUGAGCCAUGGGUGGAUGAUCUAAUUGAUAGACCGCGUAGAUUUUCUUACAAUGAGCUCAAGAAAGCAACAGGGGGUUUCAAUGACACACAGAUAAUUGGGGUUGGUGGUUUUGGUCGAGUUUACAGAGGAACUCUUGCGAACUCAGACACCCAAGUUGCUGUCAAGCGUACUUCCCAUGGUUCGAAACAAGGUAUGCGAGAAUUCGUGUCGGAGGUUGCUAGUAUUGGCUGUCUUCGUCAUAGAUAUUUGAUUCAAUUGUUGGGUUGGUGUAGUCGGCGAAAUGAUCUACUACUUGUGUAUGAAUUCAUGCCGAAUGGAAGCUUGGACAAGCACCUCUUUGAUGAGCCUAAAACAAUCCUGAGCUGGGAGCAAAGGCUCAGGAUCCUCAAAAAUGUUGCUUCAGGGCUUUCAUAUUUACAUGAGGAGAGUCACCGAAAGAUACUUCACAGAGACAUCAAGGCAGGAAAUGUGUUAUUGGAUUCGGAGUUUAAUGGAAAGCUGGGCGAUUUUGGUCUUGCUAAGCUAUACGAGCACGGGCUGCACGGCUACAACGCAAGCACCACCAGGUUGGUGGGCACGAUGGGUUAUUUGGCUCCAGAGCUCAUACUCACCGGCAUGCCUACAAGCAGCUCCGAUGUGUUUGCCUUUGGUGCUUUGUUGCUGGAAGUGGUAUGUGGUAGAAGACCCAUUGAUCCAAAAGCAUCCCUCGAGGAGGUCGCGCUGGUGAGCUGGGUGUGGGAGAAAUGGAGCCUAGGAAAAAUUCUUGAUGUGGUUGACCCAAGGCUGGAGGGCACGUUUGAUCCGGUUGAGGCUUGUUUGGUGCUCGAACUGGGCUUGAUUUGUUCAAACCAGUCACCUGAGGGACGCCCGACGAUAAUCCAGGUCAGGAGGUACCUGGAAACAGGGGCGGAACAAGAUCUUGACGUGUGUGGGGGAGAAAACUUAAAAAGAAAACUUUUUGGGGAAAUGAAAAAUAAAUUUUUCAAGGAGAAUACUCAUAAAAACAAAUCAUUUAGGGGGGUUUUAAAAUAUUUGGGAAAGCUGAAGCCCGCUUCCACCCAUAAAGGUGGUUCCAUCGUAGACUAGAAGGCGGGUCGGAGCUGCUAUAGGAGGUGCCCGUGCCGGU